UAAAGAAGAAACAUUCCAUUUCCCUUCCGGUUUUUCUUUUCUUGCGGGGAAGGUCAGUCAGCUGAUUGCAAACCAGUCUGUCCCACUCUUAUAUAAAUGGCUCAAUCAAGCUCCAGCGAUAGUGUGUUUGUUUACCUUCUUCGAUCUCCGGAAUCAUUCCUCAACUGGGUAGCGACUACUAGCGAGUGCACUCGAAAUCUCCGACGGUCCUCGCUCUCCUGUGCUCAAAAUGGCGCCGGCGCUUGAUAUAGUGAAUCCUCUGGACGACGACGACAUCGCCCUCCUUCGUACUUACGGUUUAGGGCCUUAUUGCAAAACCAUGAAGAAGCAGGAAGAAGAAAUCAAGGAGUUAGCUAAGAAGAUCAACUCCCUCCGUGGUACCAAGGAAUCUGAUACUGGUUUGGCUACACCAAGCUACUGGGAUUUGGUUUCUGAUAAACAGAUGAUGCAGGAGGAGCCACCACUUCAAGUUGCCAGAUGUACUAAGGUCAUUAAUCCUAAUACCCAGGACGCCCAGUACAUGAUUAACAUCAGGCAAACUGCUAAGUUCGUUGUUGGGCUUGGCGAAAAUGUCUCCCCCACUGAUAUAGAAGAAGGAAUGAGAGUUGGCGUUGAUCAUACCAAACACCAGAUUAAGAUUCCUCUGCCUCCCAGGGUGGAUCCCUCUGUUACCAUGAUGACUGUCGAGGAAAAGCCUGAUGUUACUUACAAAGAUGUCGGUGGCUGCAAGGAGCAGAUUGAAAAAAUGAGAGAAGUUGUUGAACUUCCCAUGCUUCAUCCGGAGAAGUUUGUGAAGCUUGGAAUUGAUCCUCCCAAGGGCGUUCUAUGCUAUGGUCCACCUGGAACUGGGAAAACCUUGCUGGCUAGAGCGGUCGCCAACAGAACAGAUGCAUGUUUCAUUCGCGUCAACAGUAGCGAACUCGUUCAGAAGUAUGUUGGUGAAGGGGCUCGCCUGGUUCGGGAGCUUUUUCAGAUGGCUCGGUCAAAGAAGGCUUGCAUCAUCUUCUUUGAUGAGGUUGAUGCAAUCGGUGGUGCACGUUUCGAUGAUGGUGCGGGUGGAGACAAUGAAGUUCAGCGAACAAUGCUCGAAAUUGUCAACCAGCUUGAUGGGUUUGACGCUCGAGGAAAUAUCAAGGUGUUAAUGGCAACAAACAGGUAUGUUCGGGAAUCAGAAUGUUCCCAUAAAAAUUUUACAUUUAACUUCAUGUUUACACCUUAACAGAAGCUACGUUCAUUCAUUUUUAUCUUACUGCUAUGAUGAGUUCAACUAGUCUAACCUCACAAAUUUAGCUCUUUAUGUGAUUGAGAUUGUUAUGCUUGCUAUAUGCGAAUGGAUUACUCAUGCAUUUUCUGUAAUCUGCAGACCCGAUACCUUGGACCCAGCACUCCUGCGCCCUGGAAGACUGGAUCGUAAGGUUGAGUUUGGACUGCCAAAUGUGGAGAGCAGGACUGAGAUUUUCAAGAUCCAUACACGGACAAUGAACUGCGAAAGAGGCAUCCGCUUUGAACUACUCGCCCGCCUCUGUCUGAAUUCAACUGGAGCCGACAUUAGGAGUGUUUGUACUGAAGCUGGGAUGUGUGCCAUUAGAGCACGCAGGAAGACAGUAACGGAGAAGGACUUUCUGAGUGCAGUCGGCAAGGUCAUUAGGGGAUACCAAAAGUUUAGUGCCACUCCCAAGUACAUGGUCUACAACUAAGGCUAGAGAUGUUCCUUUGUACUUGUAGUUGAUGUUAUUGGUUUAAUUUGCUUCCAAAACUACUUGUUAUGCACUAGUCCUGUUGAAACUCGGGUUGAUUCGUUGGUACAUUCAGAUCUUUGUUCUCACAUCCAACUCUUUACUA